AUGUCAAGAGUCUGUUGUAGCUUUACUAUACUUCUGUUGGCCAUUCUUUUGGCAAUAACAUACACUACCUCUCUACAAGUAAGAAUUAUUAGCUUUUUAUUGACUUGUCUUUUUCUAUUUAAAUUAUUAAAAUUACAUCUUUUAUUGAAAAAUAUAUAUAACAAUAAGAUAUAAAUAUAACAUAAAAGAUAAUAAAUUUUUAAUUGUAUAUGAGAAGUGACAUAUAAUAGUAUUUACAUAUUACAUAUUUAUGAAUUUUUAUUUUCGGAAAAUUCAAAUUUUAUAAAAAAAUAUCCAAGUUUGUUUAAUUUUAUCUACAUAUGAUAAUGUAAAUAUGUUAAAUAAUAUUGAAAAUUAUAGUUAACAAAUUACGAAUAAAAGUACAGGAAAAAUAAAUAGAUAUUUACAUUUGAACCAUUAUCAGAAAAUUCAUUAUUAUAUCAAGCAAAUAUAAUAAAAUUAGUGAUUGUUACUGAAAUUCUUAAUUUAUAAAUAAAUAUAAAAUAUAAUCAAAGUGACUUAUUAUUAAUUAUUUUUUCUAUAGAUGCAUGCAUAGAGAUCAUAUUAUGGUGGUAUAAGUUUCUCCGUUUCUAAAUGAAAUCAUACAACUUUUAACAAGCUAAUCGAUGUAGCUUAUUAUUUUCUACAAAAUUGUAUUAUGUUAUUCAUAAUAAAAAAUCAUUUAAUCAGUUUAAGAUGUAUUUUAAUUUUAAUAUUUUAAAACUCGCAUAAGAUCAUAUUGUACAAAAGAUAAAAAUAACACGUACAAUAUAAAAUUACAUACAAUAAAAUAUUUUGAAUAAUAAUUAAAAAUUAUACAAUUUCAUUUAAAAAAAUGUAUAUUAUCUUUAUAUGAUUUCUACGCGUUCAUCUUCUACGAAGAAAAAAUAAUUAUAUUAGAUUUCUUUCCCAUUCGUUUUUUAUCUGAAGAAACAUUUUCUAUAUAAUGGAUAGUUUAUUAAUAAUUUCCAUUUAUAAAUUAAAAUCGAACACUCUGUACAGUACAACCAUAUCUUUGUCUUUUUUUUCUCAUUUUUUUUUAUUUAUAUUCGUAAUGAAGCAGGUUCUUAAUUUUUUUUUUUUAUUAAGUAAAAUAAAAUAUUGAUGACUGUAGAUGUGGAUUUUAUGCAUUUCAAAGUUUUUACUUAAGUUUUGUUUUACUAUUUAUUACUAUUAUUAUUUUUACUAUUACUAUUAUAACAUAUAUAUAUAUAUAAUAGUAGUAGUAAAAAAUAUAUAUUUUAUGUGAUAUAGAUAUUAUAUUUAAAUAUAUAGAUAUUAUAUGUAAUAUGUAUAUAUUUUUGCAACUUCCAAUUUUCCACAAAUAUAUAAAAUUCGAAUUCUAGUUAAUAUUGCCAAAUAAAAAUAAGAUAUUUUUUAUAUAAAUUUAUUGUAAAUAUACAUAACUGACUUUUCAUAAUUUCAUAAUAUCAUUGAUACUAUGAGUUUUAGAGUAUCAUUGAUAUUUGAAAUCCCAGUAUACACUAUUAUAUAACAUACAUGUAUUAUACAUUUUCAUAUUUAUUAUAUAUUUUAUAUUUAUUCUAUAAUAAAUAAUUAACAAAAUAGCACAACGACAUUUUCAUUAUUUUCAUAGUAAUUCUGUUAUAUUUGUUUAGCAUCCAAUAGUGGUUGAAGAUUAUAAUGAGCAUCAAAAUUUCCAACCGAUAGUAAAAUUUGAUAAACCGAUUGUCGUAAAGGCCAUCGAAAAGUCAGAGAAGCAACAAGAUUUUAGUAAAAUUCCUGGAAUUCCAGGUAUAGAUUUUCCUCUGUAUCAUACCGUACCUCCAACAAGUUUUUCUUGCGCACACGUUCCAUUUGUACCAGGAAUGUACGCGAAUGUGGAAACUGGUUGUCAGGCAUAUCACAUUUGUCAUGAUGGUCGUGAAGGUCAUCAAGGUGCAUCUUUUCUCUGUACUAAUGGAACUCUUUUCAAUCAACAGGAAUUUGCUUGUGAUUGGUGGUAUAAUGUAAAUUGUGCAGAUGCGCCAUAUUUAUACAGUUGUUUCUCGUAAAUAUAUUUAUGCUUAUAAAACAUUUUCUGAUUCCGAAGCGGGAAAUUCAAAACUCUUGCCCCAAAAGUGGGAAAAGAUUAUGGGGAGGACAAAUACUUUAA